CCCAAAAAUAAAUCCCAAAAACAGAUGAAGAGAAAUAUGGAGGGAGCUGACGCUAUGAGAGGGAAAGAGGGUGGGGGAGUGGGCGUCGGGCAGAGGCUGCAACAACAUGGGUUUCGUCUUCUGCUCUUCGCAAAGCAGAGUUGAAAUAGGAGGAAGCGUAUGUAGAAGAAGACUCAACCAGACGGCGAUGGUCUCCCCUUCCGGACUUCCAAAGUGGCAAUAGUCAAUAUCAAUUCUCUCUCACAGGUUUGAUGAACGUGCAAGCGACUUUCACUCUUUCUCGGUUCUGAAUUCUCUAAAACCCUUCCCAAACCCUAAUUUAUUCGUCUUCCUACUACAUUUUUAUUAUUAAUGAGGGUAAUGCUCUGUGUAUCCAAAGUUGACUUCUGUGAUUCUUAAAUCAUUCCGUAAUUUCCUUAUCUUUAUUGUGUUGUAAGAGGCAGAAACGAUAUUUCAGAUUUAUUAAAAAAAAUUAUCAGACAUGGGUUUUUGUUUCAUUUGAACAAUGUCAAACACAUUUAAAAAAUUUCAUACAAUAAUUGCUUUGUUGUAACCAUGCAUAUAUUCGUGGAGUCUGAGAAACCAAUUCUGAUCUCAAAGCCAGAGGAGGUUCCUCUAGAACACAAUCCAUGGCUUCUACUUGUAUAUGUAACUUUUCCCUUUAUGUUCUGUUGUUUGUUUUGAUCCUGGCCUCCAGUUCGGAGAGCUGCUAUGGCCAACGGACCAUAGGCUUUGAUGUUCACCACAGGUUCUCCGAUGCCAUUAGAAAAAAUUUCCCACUCGACAACUUACCGGAGAAGGGAAGUUUGGACUACUACAGAGUCCUGGCUCAUCAAGACCGAAUAAUUCACGCCCGUCGACUUGCCGGCACUAGCACCACAUUGGAUCAGAUUCUUACUUUUUCCGAUGGAAAUACGACCUAUCAAAUGGGCGAUUACUGGGGAUAUUUGCACUAUGCCAGUGUUUCCUUGGGGACGCCGAGUAUUUCAUUUUUUGUGGCACUCGAUACAGGAAGUGAUGUAUUUUGGGUGCCCUGCGAUUGUCCCACUUGCACCAGUAUCCCGUUGACUCUUGAUAACGGAGCUGUUGUAAAUAUAAACUAUUACAGUCCUAAGGCAUCAUCGACAAGCAAAUAUGUUCCUUGUAACAGCAGUUUGUGUGAACAACAAUACCAAUGCCCUGAUCCAAAUCAAAACACAUGUCCCUAUCAAGUUAUCUAUGCUGAUCAAAGUUCAACUUCUGGGUAUCUGGUUGAGGAUUUUCUGCACUUGAAAACAGAUGAUAGUCAUCAAAAAGACGUUGAUGUGCGCAUCACAUUUGGCUGCAGUCAAUUUCAAACUGUUUCCUUUGCUGCCACCGAUGGAUUAUUUGGACUUGGAUGGGAUAAACUCUCUGUCCCUAGCAUUUUAUCAAGUGCAGGCCUUACUGCAAAUUCUUUCUCUAUGUGCUUUGGAUCUGAUGGGAUUGGAAGAAUUAACUUUGGUGACAAAGGUAGCCCUGACCAACCGGAAACUUCAUUCAUCCUUGAUAAAUCAAACCCAAAAUAUACUGUCAGUGUGACUCAAAUAACUGUGGGGAAAAAUCUCAUGAAUAUUGGUUUUACUGCACUUUUUGACUCUGGUACAUCAUUCACAUACUUGAUGGAUCCAACUUAUACGCAUCUUACUGAAAGUUUUAAUGCACAGGUCCAAGACAGACGUCAUCCAUAUGAUCCCAACAGUACUUUUGAAUAUUGUUAUGACUCAAGUUCAACUUCUUCAGGCUCAACAAUACCCACAUUGAAUCUAAUCAUGGAAGGUGGCAGCCAGUUUCCUGUUUCUUAUCCCAUAAUUGGGGAUACGAUGUCAUAUUAUUGCUUGGCUGUUAUCAAGAAUAAUGGGUCUAUUGACAUGAAUAUAAUUGGACAGAACUUCAUGACUGGUUACCUUAUUGUAUUUGACCGCGAAAGAUCAGUGUUGGGAUGGACACAGUCUGAGUGCUAUGGGUCCAAGGAUUCCAGUACUACCGCAACACCUCCUCCAGAAACCCCCAGCAGCCCUACAACUAUUCCUCCUGCUACUUCAGCUGCACCACCACCUCCUCCAGAAACCCCCAGCAGCCCUACAACUGUUCCUCCUGCUACUUCAGCUGCACCACCACCUCCUCCAGAAACCCCCAGCAGCUCUACAAUCAUUCCUCCUGCCACUGCUGUGGAACCAGUUAAUGCCCCUCCGGAAGCUACAACAGCCAGUGGGGAUAAUUCUUUUUCUUCAGGGACACCACCUCAAUGGUCCCCAAGUUUGCACCCCUGCAGUUGCUGUUUCUUGAUACUUCUUGUAUUUUUCACCAUUAUAUGAUUAGGAGAUGGAUUAUUGGAUGUUUGGUUGUUCUUAGGUUUUAUCUAAAAUUGUUAUUUUUUGGGGUAAUAAGCUUAAAAUGUUAACAAUUAUGGACAAAAUUGUGUAUUCUAUCAAUAUGGUUGUUAUUCUGUAUGAAAAUUGUUCUUUUGAGAGUUUGUACAA